GAUAAGUAUAAAAAGAUAAUAGAUUAGAUUUUUGUUUAAAAGCUCGACCAUUUCAAUGAUAUUGAGUGACACUCGCCUACUUCAAAGACUAUAAAAAUGAUAUUUUACAUUAUUUUCAUACCAUAUGCCUUUGUUAGUGUUCUAGCAGAUAAUGUUACUUUAGACGAAUAUAUGACAGAGCUUCACAUUACAAACGAAUACAUGGCAAAAGCUUAUAGCACGUUAAGUAAUCAUAGAGUUCUGAAUGGAUUGGCUCAUACAAUUAAAAAAGUUAUUCGUCGAGAUGCAUAUACAACGGAUGAAUUAAAUUUUAUGUUUGCAACACCGGAUCAAGCAGACGUUUUUGAUCUCUAUAAACACAUAGGAUACGAGAGAAUAUUGCAAAAUGAAAUUUUCAUGGCCUUACAUAUUAACAAGCCUCCUGUAAAUAGAGUUGUCGAUUGGUCAGAACUUGGAGAUAAAAGAAGAGAAAUGACUAGAAAAGCUAUAAUACUACUCUUAGACAUUGAUAUUUGUGGUGAAUAUAUUACAGAGCUUCAAAUCACAAACGAAUACAUGGAAAAAGCUUAUAACACGAUUGGUUAUCAUGGAAAUCUGAAUGGAUUGGCGUAUACAAUUAAAAAAGCUAUUCGUCGAGAUGUAUAUACCAUGGAGGAAUUAAAUUGUAUGUUUGCAAUACCGGAUCAAGCAGACAUUUUUGAACUCAAUAAAUACAUAGGAUACGAGAGAAUAUUGCAAAAUGACAUUUUCAUGGCCUUACAUAUUAGUAGGCCUUUGGUAAACCGAGUUGUUGAUUGGACAGAUCUUGGUCAUAAAAGAAGAACAUUAACUAGAAAGGCUAUAGUGCAACUGUUGUCCUUUGAUAUUAGUGGUACAUACAGUGACUACUAUAGUCUUAUACAAAAAUGUCGUUUAAUUGGAUUGGCUUUAAGUACAAAAGACCCAUUACGUUACACAAAAACUGUUGAAAUAAACAAUUAUGAUACUUGUUUCAUAAUUAAUGCAAGUGGCAUUAUUACUAGAUACAAAGCUUUUCGGAGCAACGAAUUUCAUGAAGUACACCUCGAGCCAUAUGCUACAAGAGGUCCUAGACUAAUUGAUCAGUUAAAUAUAGAAUCAUCGGUAUAA